AUGGAUUGGCCGUCGCCAUGGUCGGAGCUCCCGGCGGAUCUUGUCGGCCUCAUCCUGCGCGUCCUGCCGUGCCACAUCGACCGCCUCCGCUUCAGGAGCGUCUGUCGCCAAUGGCGCCUGGCAGAGCGCCAGCAGCGGCGCCACCUGCCGCCGGCGCUGCCCCUCAUCUGUUUGGGCCGCCACGACUUCCUAAGCCCUGCCGGCGGCGAGCUGCGCCGCUUCCGUACAGACGACGUCGACGUGCUGCGCCCCGUGUCCUCCCUCUGCCACGCCUCCUUCGGCAGCUGGCUUGUGUACCAGCGGUACGGCGAGGACUCCAAGUGCUUCCUGAUCAACCCUCUCUCUGGAGCCACCAUUGAGAUGCCACUUCGGCUUGACGACGGCGCGAGGAUCAACAUAUUCUCCGCGCGCAAGAUCAUCGUGUGCUCGCCCGACCUCGUCGCCGCCAUCCUCUGGGGCAGCACCGUCGCGUUCUGCCGGCCCGGCGCCCCUUCAUGGUCGGCCUGUCGUCCGUCGGGUAAUUGUUAUGGUCGUAGGAGAGAGUACGUGGACAUUGCCCUGCACCGUGGAAAGCUCUACGCCCUCAACAACGACGGGAGCUCUUCGUUCAUGAGGAGCGCCGCCUCAUCUUCCAAUGCUGCUGACCAGGCAGUGCUCAAGGUGUUCGAGGCGGAUUUGGAGGGUGGUCGGUGGACGGAGGUGAACAGCUUGGACAAUGGCGAAGCUCUCUUCGUCGGCAGGGGUUGUUCCAAGGCGGUUAGGCUGACCGGCAGUGAUCGGAGGUUUCAGGAGAACUGUGUAUACAUUUUGGGCAAUGAUUUCUUCGGAUAUUGCUAUGACUAUGAGGACACGCCAAGCUAUGCUUCCUAUGACCUAAGGAGCAGCGCAAUCAGUCACGUUGUCCUGGACAUAAUGCGGGUUGUAUGGCCUGUCUUGAGUAUGGAAUGGUUCUUCCCACAGGAGCAAGUUUAA